AUGUCCAGAAGAAGAGCAUAUCCACAGCCCCAGUACGCUGUGCAGCAGCCUCCAGCGCAGCCUUCGUAUAAUGCUUACGGUGUGGAUCAAGCCACCCAAGGUUUUCAGAACUUGAACCUCCAGCAACAGCCAGUUCAGCCACAAUUCUCUCAACAACCACAGCAAUUGCAACAGCAACCUCAGUAUCCUGUCAAUAGUAACGCUCAGGGAUACCCAGCCCAACUGGCAUCAGCUUACGGAUACCAGGCUGACCCAUAUGCUCAGGCUCAGGCUCAGGCUCAAGUGCAAUCGCCAGUGGCACCUCAAUUCCAGCAAAAUCAGUACCAGGCUGGGUAUCAGGCCUCUGAUCCGUAUGGACAGCAGACCCAGGCAUCGUUUUACGGUACUGGACCUUCAGUGGGAGGGAUGGGUGGAGUUGGAUCGGCAAACGCCUUUCCCUUGAACCAGUUGUACACCACUGACUUGAUGACUUUAUUGCCUCCUCCUAUUAGCGAAUUGUCGUUGCCUCCACCACCUCUAAUCAUUCCACCAACGAGUACAAUUGUUCCUGGCUCGGAGACUGCGAACGCUUCCCAUGAGUACUUCCGCUCGACGUUGAAUGUGAUUCCCACUACGUCGUCCUUGUUGAAGAAAUCCAAGUUGCCUUUGGCUCUCGUUGUCAGACCGUACACAGCCUUGCACGACUCGGAAGAGCAGGUGCCAGUCACCAAGGAUACCAUCAUUAGUCGUUGUCGUCGUUGCAGAAGUUACAUCAACCCCUUCAUUUCGUGGACCGAGAAUGGUAAGCGCUGGAGAUGUAAUUUCUGUGGCUUGCAAAACGACGUUCCCAGCGCGUUCGACUACGAUGAAUUGUCGCGGAAGGCUGCUAACAGGUAUGAGCGUGUCGAGUUGAAUCAUUCCUGCGUCGAAUUCAUUGCCCCCAAGGAAUACAUGGCCAGAGCCCCUCAACCAAUCGUCUACACUUUCAUCAUAGACGUGUCUGCUAAUGCAGUGGCUUCCGGCUUGACUUCAACUGUUGCUAGAACCAUCUUGGAGAGCUUGGACCGCAUUCCCAACGCUAACAAGACGGCCAAAAUUGCCAUUAUCGGCGUUGACUCCAACUUGCACUUCUUUAGAUUCCGCGAGGGUUUAGAUGAGGCUCCUGAAAUGCUCAUUGUAUCUGAUCUCGACGAGCCUUUCUUGCCUUCUCCUGAGGGAUUACUCAUCAAUCUUGAUGAAAACAGAAAAGCCAUUGAAAAGCUCUUGGAUGACUUCCCUAGCUAUUUCGAGGGUACCGCAAACCCUCACUUCGCUUUGGGUCCAGCCUUAAGAUCUGGUCAUAACCUCAUCCUGUCAAUAGGUGGUAAGCUUGUUGUCUUCUCGGCAACGUUACCAAGUAUCGGUGAAGGUAAGUUGAUGGCUAGAGACGAAUCUCAAUCGGGUAAACCCAAGGAAGCUCAAACAUUAUUGAACGUUGCUGACAAAUUUUACAAAACGUUCGCCGUUGAUUGUAACACUCGCCAAGUCACCAUCGACUUGUUCUUGACAGGGUCUAAAUACCAAGAUGUUGCCACUUUAUCAAACUUGCCCCGUUAUACUGCUGGUCAAACACACUUCUAUCCUUCUUGGAAUUGCUCGUCAGUGGAAGACGUUGCUAAGUUGUCUAGAGAGAUUAGUGAGCACUUAUCCAUGGAGAUUGCUUUGGAGGCUGUGUUGAGAGUGAGAUGCUCAACGGGCUUUAGAAUGAGUGGAUUUUUCGGUAAUUUUUUCAACAGGUCGUCUGAUUUGUGCUCUUACCCAUCCUUCCCUAGAGAUCAGAGCUACGUCAUCGAGGUAGCCAUCGAAGAGACGAUCACUAAACCGGUGGUGUACUUCCAAGCAGCCGUUCUACAUACCACAUGCUUUGGUGAAAGAAGAGUAAGAGUGAUCAAUUUGGCUGUUCCAACUUCCAGCAAAUUGGAUGAUAUUUACGCUUCUGCAGAUCAACUCGCGAUUACAAACUAUGUCACUCACAGAGCAAUUGAGAAGGGAUUGUCAAGCUCCUUGGGUGAUGCCAGAGAAUACUUGCUCAAGUCUGUUGUGGACAUCUUGAAUGUGUACAGAAAAGAGUUGGUCCCUGGUAACGUUACCGGCUCUUCUCCUUUGCAGAUCUCCACGAACUUGAGAUUGCUCCCACUCUUGCUCUUUUCAUUGACAAAAAAUAUGGGGUUCAGAGAUGAAAGGCUUUUAGCGGAUCUCAGAGCCCGUGCCUUGAAUGAUUUGGGCUCGCUUCCACUUAAUCAUUUGAUUAAGACCAUUUAUCCUACGGUGUACGCCUUGCAUUUGAUGGACGACGAUUGUGGAUUACCCAAGACCUCCAUCGACAUUGAUCCAGAGACAGGAGAGGAAACUACUAUUACUUCAACGGAAAUCAAGAUGCCUGAACCUCAAAACGCUUCUAAUGCUGGGUGGCAGCUGUAUGGAUUAUAUUUGAUUGAUAAUGGUAUUGAACUCUUUUUGUGGGUCUCUGGUGGAGUUACUCCAGCUCUUGUUGCGGACGUGUUUGGCACCGACAACUUGUAUGAGGUUGCGACAGGUAAAGUUGAAUUGCCAGAAUUUCUGUUCGAAGAGUCGGAAUUCAACUACAAGAUUCGCCAAAUCAUUGGCAAGCUCAGAGAGCAAAAGGACUCUAUUGUAUGGAAGAACUUGUAUGUUUGUAUCGGACCUUCGGAGGAGGAACCAUUGGAGAUUGCCCUGGCGCGUCUGUUCAACGCCAUGAGAUCCUGGGUUUUGAGCAACUUGGUCGAGGAUAGAUCUUUACACUCCAAGGGUUACAGAGACUUCCUCACUGAACUCAAAACCAAGAUUGCUCAGUAA